UGAAAGAAAUAUAUCCCAAUGGACACUAACUAUAACUUGCAGUUCGAUUCCGCAUAUCUUUAUGAGAGUACAGUUGAGAAGAUACCUUCUAUUUUUCAUUUUGUUUUAUUAAAAUGAACAACACAACAUGGAGAACUAGUUGGGUUUGACCCAAACGGUGUCGGAUCCUACUAGACUCUCCCAGUGGCGAAGCCAAUGCAUAAUAAGGUGGAUCUCGGAGCUUAUUUAAUUUAGGAGGAAAUGUGAAAAAAUAUAUAUAUAUCAACAGUAUCAUUUAUAGCUGAAAAGUAAAACUGCUACCACCAUUCAAAUUUUCUUGAUCUUAGAGUGAUUUUCGGAGGCUGAGCUGGCAGCCCAUUUAGGCGGUGUUUUUUCCCCUCUUUCUGUCGACUGAAACUGUCCACCCUCCCUCUUUCUCUUUCCUUCCCUUCAACUCCCAUCAAUCUUCAUCACCAAGGGUCUGCACACCCACCCCGCAUCCCACGAAUGCUGAGCAUCCUUCCCGUCGAACAACCUAAACUUUUUCUCUUCCCUCGCCAUCAAACAGCUGAAGCAUCUGCCACUAGCACCUACGCUCAGACUCUUCUCCUACACUGGGAACCAUGUGUAUGGCCGCUCGAUCAGGGAAUCGAAAAGUCGGCGAUUUCUUCCCUUCCGUCAAGUCAUGUCCGUGAUGAUCGCUGGUUGAUUCUUUGUUUCCAUCGCAGGUCAGUAACUCCUAGGCCACAGUAGCCAACGGGAACCAUGUGUAUGGCCGCUCGAUCGGGGAAUCGGAAAGUCGUGAUUCCUUUCCCUCCUUCAAGUCAAGUAUGUGCUGACGCUGGUGUACUCUUGGUUCCCAUCGCAGGUAAGUAUUUGAAGUUGUAUCGUGAAAUUGCCCUAUUCUUUUGCUAGGUCCAAUUAGGGAUUGAAGUCACAAAUCUGUUUUUUGUGAAUAAAUAUUUAGGAUACAUCAAUUCUUCUCCAGUGCAAUCAUGUGGUGCCUGAUUAAUCAAUCUCCCUGUGCGUAAGUGAGGUGCUUUCACUAGGUCGAGUGCACUAUCCUGAUCCUUUGUUUUCCUUUUAUAUUCUUUCCCAAGCAAUCAAUCUCCCCUUCAAACAUGGUUUUUAAUAUGUAGCCAGUGAAGCCAUUGAUGGGAGUCUGGUAGGAAAGAAGAUCUGGAUAUGGAGAACUCGAAGUUAUGUGCAAUGGGUUACUUCGGCUAUGGUUUCAUUCAACAAAAGAUCACAAUAUUGCAAAUAUUAACGAAAUGAUGAUUACACAAAAUAGGUUCAUUGUAACUAAUAACAUUUAAAAAAUUACCCACAAACUUGGACUGAGUUUUCACGGAAGGCUUUCAAGGCGCUUGGUGGAUCUGUCAGCUCUCACUUGCAUAUGCAUUUAUGUUGUGGUAAGAAGAAAUUUCAUAUUUGAUAUGUUUAUUCUAUUCCGGAGUUCUGGAAUUUAUUAAUGGUGAGAUUCUUUGUGAACCAGCUUGAGUUUUGACAGCUAAUCGUUUGUAUUAGUACUCGAGUAGGGGAAAGUCCAUACAAAAUGAAAGAUUACCUCUUCAUCAGUUUUGUAAACAAGAAAGGACCAUAAACAAUCCAGAGAAGUGCUUCUGCAUAACAUAAUGGUCAGUGUUGAACUUCACCGCUUUGUUCAUUUUUUCCAAUGCUUUUGUUCCGUGUAUGCCUCUUUCAACCAGUAGGUACUCUUUGUUGAUUUCGUCACUCAUGAAAAAUCCCUUUCCUUUCAGGAGGGAAGAGCAAUAGUUGAAGAAUGAAGGAAAACGAGGUCUAUUUUUUCAAGUUAUCAACGUAGUUAUCUCACUGUUUCAAGAGGGAAGCGCAAUUGUUAAUUCAAUCAUAAAGGCCAGAGCCAAUGUUGGUCUUCUUUGCUCCUUCUCUGUGCCAUCCAUACAUAAUUUGGCCCUUGCAGGUCAACACUUCCACUCAAUGUCUCGCCGAUUCUGUGUUGGAAUUUACAGAUUUUGCUCUCUUAAGUUGGUAAUGCUCAAUCGUGUGUUUCAGUUAAGAAAUUAUGGAUCUAUUCUGCGAGAUCGAGUAUGAGCAAUGCAAUUGAAGUUUCGAACCAAAGAUGUUUAGAUAAUUGGAUGCAUGAUUCGUUGUUGGGGAAAAGGUGCAGCAUGGUGGGAUUGAUCGAUUGCAGUAAGAGGGAUCUUUCAGCUCAUGUAUCUCUAAAGAAACUAUAAAAAGGUAACAGACUCUUCCUCUUCUCCAUUUUCUUGUACUGGUUUAUCAAGCUAGAUAACACAUAAUGAAUGAACUUUUUACAUCUGGAAUUUGCUCAAACAGUCAAAUUGGUCAAAUAUGAUCUUAUCUCUACUUAUGGAAUUACUCCUUGGAUUUCAUUGCUCUACUAGCAUAACUGCAAUUUAUCUUUUUUUUAUGGAGGAGAGCUGCUAUACAACAUUGCCAUCACAGACAUGGUCUGCUUUUCAUUUUCAAAUCCAAGAUAAAGAGGCUGUCUUUUU